CCAACCCCUCUCAGCCCCCGUUCUCGCUUCAGAAAAAGAAAAGAAAAACUCCUCAACUUCCAGGCAGUCGCCUGACCAUCUCGCACCGCCAGCCUAGGGUGAGAGCGAAUUUCCCCGAGUAAAAGCAACCGCGAAGGCGGCGAAUGGCGGGACCCGCGCCUCGCAGCCUCUUUCUGGACUGCUUUAAGAACAACCGGACGAGGAAGACAUCCAGACACCUGGGUCUCUUGGCUACGAGCUCAGUGGAAGCCGCCUUCGUCGCGCGAUUCUCUUCCCGCCGAGCCUUGGAAGGAAAAGGAAGAUGCUCCUGGCGGCCUCUCCUUUUACUGUUGGCGCCAGCCGCUCCCGGGAUGGGUUCCCGAGAGCCUCGCUCAACCAGCUCCCCGCCGCUUUUUGCGGCCAACGCUCCCUGAUGUCAUCGCUCCCCUGCCCGCCGGGGUCUUCGGGACUGGGCAGCCAGAAUCCCCUCUCUUCCAAAGUUGCGUCGGGGGAAGAAGGGGAAGGCGACUCAGCUGAGACCAAGCUUGCUGCGCAGUUUGGGGGGAACACACUCAAAAAGUGCAUUUGUGGUACAGAAAUGCCUGAUGCAGCGCUCUCUGCAGCAGUUAACUGGUUUGACAGAUGAAAAAGUGAAGGCCUAUCUUUCUCUUCACCCCCAGGUACUGGAUGAAUUUGUAUCAGAAAGCGUGAGUGCUGAGACAGUAGAAAAAUGGCUCAGAAGGAAACACAACACACAGGAAGAUGAGUCAACUCCUAAACCCGUCAGCAGGUACCAGAAUUCUGAUAUGCAAGGAGUGGUAUAUGAAUUGAACAGCUAUAUAGAACAACGGUUGGAUAUAGGAGGGAACAAUCAACUAUUAUUAUAUGAAUUGAGUAGUAUCAUUCGAAUGGCUACAAAUGCUGAUGGAUUUGCACUGUAUUUCCUAGCAGACUGCAAUAAUAGCCUUUGUGUGUUCACGCCACCGGGAAUAAAGGAUGGACAACCACAACUUGUUCCUGUAGGACCCAUUAAGCUUGGCACCACAGUAUCUGCACAUGUAGCCAAGUCUAGGAAAACAUUAUUAGUAGAAGAUAUUUUGGGGGAUGAGCGGUUUCCUAAAGGUACCGGUUUGGAAUCAGGAACUCGUAUAAAGUCUGUACUUUGUUUACCAAUUGUUACUGCACUUGGUGAUUUGAUCGGCAUCCUGGAGCUCUAUCGACACUGGGGUAAUGACACCUUCCAUCUCAGCCAUCAAGAGGUUGCAACAGCAAAUCUUGCAUGGGCCUCAGUAGCAAUACAUCAAGUAGAGUUUUUCCAAUGUUCCAAUCAGGUAUCCAGGGGCCUUGCCAAACAGACUGAAUUGAAUGACUUCCUUCUUGAUGUGUCAAAAACAUAUUUUGAUAACAUAGUUGCAAUAGAUUCUCUACUUGAACAUAUCAUGAUAUAUGCAAAAAACCUGGUGAAUGCAGACCGCUGUGCACUCUUCCAGGUAGAUCAGAAGAACAAUGAGUUAUAUUCAGACCUAUUUGAUAUUGGGGAAGAACAUGAAGGGAAACCUGUCUUCAAGAAGACCAAAGAAAUAAGAUUUUCUAUUGAAAAAGGAAUAGCUGGUCAGGUAGCAAGAACAGGUGAAGUUCUCAACAUUCCUGAUGCUUAUGCUGAUCCACGUUUUAACAGAGAGGUAGAUCUCUACACAGGCUACACCACCAGGAACAUUUUAUGCAUGCCUAUUGUGAGCCGAGGAAGUGUAAUAGGCGUUGUGCAGAUGGUGAACAAAUUAAGUGGAAGUGCCUUCUCUAAAACUGAUGAAAACAACUUUAAAAUGUUUGCGGUCUUUUGUGCUUUAGCCUUACACUGUGCUAAUAUGUACCACAGAAUUCGCCAUUCAGAGUGUAUUUACCGUGUAACUAUGGAGAAGCUUUCCUAUCAUAGUGUUUGUACAGCAGAAGAAUGGAAAAACCUCAUGGACUGCAAACUCCCUCCACAGCUCUGCAAAGAAAUUGAACAAUACCACUUCGACAUCAGUCCCUAUGAAGAUUUCUGGCCAGCCAUCUUUAUCCAUAUGGUCCAUCAGUGUUGUGGAACAGGCUGGAGGAACAGAUCUCAAGAACCUAAGGAAAGUGACGAUUGCAGUGCUAUGCUGUCAGCAUUGAGCCUUUAUGUGGAAUCUGAUAUUUUGGAGGAAGGUUUUGACCUGGAAAAACUAUGUCGUUUCACAAUGUCUGUAAAAAAGAAUUAUCGCCGUGUGCCCUAUCACAACUGGAAGCAUGCAAUUACAGUUGCACACUGCAUGUAUGCCAUUCUUCAGAAUAACCGCAGAGUUUUCACAGACUUAGAAAGGAAAGGUCUUCUGGUUGCCUGUCUAUGUCAUGACUUGGAUCACAGAGGUUACAGCAACAGCUAUCUUCAGAAGUUUGACCAUCCAUUGGCAGCUCUUUAUUCCACCUCAACAAUGGAACAGCACCACUUUUCACAGACAGUAUCUAUAUUGCAGCUGGAAGGCCAUAAUAUUUUUUCUAAUUUGAACUCAAAUGAGUAUGAGCAAGUACUGGAAAUCAUCCGCAAAGCCAUCAUUGCUACAGACCUUGCUCUGUAUUUUGGAAACCGGAAACACUUGGAAGAGCUAUAUCAAACAAGAUCACUAAAUCUUAAAAACCAAGCACAUAGGGAUCGGGUGAUUGGGUUGAUGAUGACAGCUUGUGACUUGUGUUCUGUGACAAAAUUGUGGCAUGUUACCAGAUUGACAGCCAGUGAUAUAUAUGCAGAGUUUUGGGCUGAGGGUGAUGAAAUGAAGAAAUUGGGUAUUCAGCCUAUUCCUAUGAUGGACAGAGACAAGAAAGAUGAAGUUCCUCAGGGUCAGAUUGGAUUCUACAGUGCUGUAGCUUUGCCAUGCUACACUACACUCACACAGAUCCUGCCUCCUACAACACCACUACUUCGAGCAUGCAGGGAAAAUCUCAAGCAAUGGGAAAAAGUGAUACGAGGAGAAGAAGCUUAUGGAUGGAUACCAAACCAAUCCAAUAGCACUGAGUCCGAUUCACUUCCUGUGAAGAUUGAUGACUGAUAGACAUUUAAACAACAGUUUAAGACCCUCCCCUCCCCUUUUAGGCUUUUAAGCAUAAACAUUCAGAAUGCUAACUCGGAUGACCUUGUGCUGAUUUCUUCAGUGAUACAGCGUGAACAGAGAGACUGAAUGACAAUUCAGCUACUUCAGAAUCAUCUGCCAGAGAAAAUAUUUGGCUUGUAAAUAUGAACAACUUGCUUCUUUUUCCUUAUGGGUUAACUUGCUGAGGCCUUAAUUUAAAAAUCAUUGAGGAGGGAGGGCAAAACUUAACAGUUGCUUUUAACUUGUGUCUUUCAAUGGUACUUUUACUACUCUAUACUACAGUGGCUUUGAUACCAGUUUCAUUUUGAGAGUUCUUGGCUAUAAAUAGGAGACUACCACAUUGUUGUUGUGAAUGUUUCUGUUUGAUUUUUUGUUUGAACUCCAGCAGAAAUUAUCUGGGGCUUAAACUAUAUUCGAGUUUACAGUACUUGAAUCUAACUUGCUGCAAACAGGGGGAAAUUAACUUCCAAAUACAGUGCUCCAAACAUUAUUUUAUUAGCAUCAUAGGGCAACAACUCUAUUGCACACAUGUAAGACAUUUGAAAGUGUAUCUUGUCUGUUUUUAUAAUUAAUUUCAUAAGCUAGAGAAUGUGUCCGUUUCUACACUGGAAAUAGAAUGCUUAUACCUCUAGUAAGGAGACAUGUAGACCUUCCAGUUAAUGUUAGUAAGAGUAAUGGGCUGAAUUUUAAAUGUGUUUGCAGAGAUCUGCCAGUUAUACAAAAGUAUCAAUUUAUAUUUUAGCAAACAUUAGAGAGACAGGCCUCUAAAUCCUGGUUGGCUCACAAAAGAUAGGGCUUUCCAAACAUAUUCAUAUUCAGCAGAACAUAAUGGUAUCCUCAUAAAAAAAUGAAAUAGAUGUUCUGACCAGCUUUUGUGUUGUUUAAUAGUACUGCAUGUGUUUUGCUUAGGUUAUUCAAUUGAACAUGCAACCAAUUUGGAACUUUCUAAAAAAUGUCGAUGCUUAUUCUUUAAAGUAGAUUGGCUGCUGAACAAAAGAGCUGAUCUGGAAAGCAUUGCACUUAAAUACUGUGAAUGAAGGUCUGGGAUGACUUGGGCCCCAAUUCUGUAAACAAUUACAUUGUAUGAAUACAUGGGUAUACCUCUUUGCAGAACUGAGUUUUAAACCUAGUGCAAGCAUUUUAAACUUAAAAUAGGAUUUAUAAAUAAGCCAUUGAGUUUAAUCCUAGUACAACUGACCUCAACGUGAGUUCUGCUAUUGACUUGAAUUAAUAUCUUUUUCUUUGCCCUUUCUCUUUUGCUUUUUCCAAAUUUGCCAAAUGUAUAGAGUCUAUGAGCACUAGGGAAGUGAGACUGUAUGUGCCACUUUGGCCCGGCUGUUGUCAGGUGCAGCUGGGGUUGUGGCCAGGAUGGUGAUCUGCUGCACUCAUAAAUACUGAUCAUUUAAAAGAUUAUGUCUGGAAAGCAUCUGGAAGUGCUACUAAAGCUUCUUUUUUUGUUACUUAGACAUACAUUCAAGAGUAAGAAAUCGCAUUAAACAUCAUUGUGAGAAUAUAUGCAGAUUCAUACAGUAUCUGUCAGAUGAUCUCGGAGCUCUAAAAAUUACUGGCAUAUCAAGGUUGCUUUUUCUGCCCAAACUAAUUUUAAAAGUAACUGCUUGAUAUUGCUUCAAAACAUUGCACACGAGCACUGUGCUUCAGUUUGUUGAAGGAAUAUUAGAUUCAGUCUAUAUUUUGUGCAGUGUAAAAAAACCUUUUUUAAAAAUAAGCUCAUAUAUGUGGAUCCUAUGAUGAAUGUGGGGGAAAAGAACUGUGUCAGAAUUUCAUUUUUAGCUAAUUAAGGUUUUACCUGACUUCUUCAUUCUUGUUCAGUAUAAUAUACAUGCUACACUGUUAGUAUGUUGCUCAUAACAUAGUAUUUGCUCACAUAUCUACCCUAUUCUUUUUUUAAAGUUAUUUUACUAACUUAACCUUUAAAGAAUGUUGAUAAUUGAGCACAUAUUGUUAUUGUUCAGAAUCCUGCUGGUGUUCACAUAAGGUUUGGGUAACACACCAUGGCCAAUUAAUAAAAUCCUGGAUUGGGUCUUGGUCCCAUGACUAGGAUUGUGGCCACCGAUUUGUACAUGGUGUCCAGUGAGAAAUACAUUUGCAAAAAUGUACUUGUGCAUUUGCCAUAAACACAAUUUGUAGGUUUCUGUUUUUGCUCUGGCAGGUUCUAGUGCUUUGAAGUGAUCUGGUUGUUUUCUUUUACCCUAAUUCUAUUGAUUUUCUGUCUUCACAAUUUAAUGGAGACAAAAAAAUGCCCAUAUAAGAUUCUCCAAGCCAUAUAUGGGCAUUGUUACCAUGCAAACCCAAGUGAAUAUUAAGCAAAAGUAUGCUCUGACUUGGUUUAUCUGAAUAAAUGCCAAUAUAUAUGCACUUCUCAUUGGCCAAAAUCCUGUUGACUAGCAUAGUAAAUUGCACUUAAGUAGGGCAUUUGAAUCAAUGAGAAUUUGGUGAGUCAACUCCUUUACAAGUAUCAUUUAUUCACAAUGGCCUCCUCUAACUGUAAUGUAGUUUAGCGUAAUAAGCCACAGUUAACAGGAGGCUCAUUUGAAUCAACAGAACUUCAAUAGGAGUUGAUUGACCAAACCCCUAUUGACUCAGUCAGCCUACUCUAGUAUGCUAAGCAACAGGAUUUUGGUAACUGAUCCAUAACAUUUAUAUGCAAAUUGUUUAUGCAUCUAGAAAAAGUCAGAGCUGUUUGAAGUACAAGAAAUCAUUCCAGAUAGGUGAUAAAAAAAGGAUUGUUAAAUCACAUUAUAAUGGCAAUAGAACUGUAUGGCAAUCCACACAACGUAUCCCAUGGAUCUUCAUAUAUUUGACUGUGGUGUGCUCAGACUGACUGAUGUAUGUGGGCUCUACACACAGUCACUCUAAAAGUGAGGGUGACACUUCAUCAGGAAAGCCAUCACUUGAUUGUACUGUCAUAAAAAUGGGCUGUAUCAGGAGGUUGGACUUGAUGGCCUUAUUGGCCCUUCCAGGUCCAUGAUGAUUCUAUGAUUCAAACUGUACUGAUGGCAUGCAUUUCUAAGUCACAUCAGACUGUUUCCAUAUGAUCUGCAAAUGUGUUCCAUGUUUGAUUGACACUGGCAGUGUGUAUAAGCAGUGAGCUGAGUCAUGAUCUAGAUCAGUGGUUCUUAACCUUUGUUACUCAGGUGUUUUUGAACUGCAACUCCCAGAAACCCCAG